UUAGGCUUCAUGGAACUAUGGCUUCUUUUACAGGAACCUUGCAUCAUUUCAGUUGGGAAUUUCUCCCAAGUUAGGCCUCUAGAGGAUGAUACUUCUGAUCCUAUGAGGAAUCGUAUAGGGGGGGAACAAUCUCUUUUCAAUCUGUUACCAUGAAAUAAACAAAGAAAGGUAUCACUUCUCAGUGAGGCCACCCAAAUUUAGAAACAAUGCUAAACCCCUCUUGGUCGACUACGGCUGACAGAGUUAUGAAAGUAACGUAACCAGUGAGCUUCCAUUGUCUGCACACAAUUCGAUCCUUUGUGCCACAUAUGAAAUUCCCUUCCUUUAAGACUACAUGCAAUAUUUAGCAAUGGCUCCUUCCUUUGGAUCAUUCCCCCAACCUAUCCUUCGGAAACCCGAUAGAGAUAGAAGACAACAAUGGCUUCAAUCCUGAACACCAUCGGGUUCUUGCUCAUCUUCAUCUUCAUCUUCUCUUUCUUCCAUAGCUCAUUUUCUUGCUCCUUCAAUGUAGCAAAUAACUGUCCAUAUACAAUCUGGCCAGGUACACUAGCCGGUGCAGGGACUCCACAGCUUCCAAUGACCGGAUUUGUAUUAGAGUCUGGCAGGAGUGUUGGGAUUCCAGCAAGUCCUGGGUGGUCAGGUCGUAUCUGGGCAAGAACUGGUUGUAGUUUUGAUGACUCAGGUGUUGGGACAUGCCAGACUGGGGAUUGUGGAGGAAGGCUGGAAUGUAAUGGUAAUGGUGCCGAACCACCUGCCUCACUCUUUGAGAUCACUCUCGGAAAUGGCAAUGACAAAGAUUUCUAUGAUGUCAGCAUCGUCGACGGUUACAAUCUGCCACUUGUUGCCACUCCGCAGGGUGUCUACGGCGUAUGUAAUGCGACGGGUUGUGUUACAGAUCUCAAUUUGGGUUGCCCGAAAGAGCUGCAGGUUGUGGAUGGUGCUGAAUCAAGGGGUGUGGUUGCAUGUAAGAGUGCUUGUGAGGCAUUUGGUCUGGAUCAGUACUGUUGCAGUGGAGAGUUUGCCAACCCAACUACAUGCAAGCCAUCAUCCUACUCGACGAUCUUCAAGCAAGCUUGUCCAAGGGCCUACAGCUACGCAUUCGACGAUGGCACAAGCACUUUCACUUGCAAAGCUUACGAGUACACCAUCACUUUCUGUCCCGAUGCCAAUGGGGUAAGGCGGUCUACUGGUAUAUCUACACCCCCACUGGCAUUUCAAGAGAGAACUCCACCAUUCCAUCAAGAUGGUAUUGGAGAGGUUGUGGGGAUGGCCUCAUCUUCAAAUAUUUGCUCUGUUUCGAUGUCAAUCCUUUUCCUUCUCAUCCUUCAGCUCUUCUAAGCCAACCUGAACUCCUUGCUGCUGAGGAUUGCAGACAGAUGCCCAUGAGAGCUUUGAUGCGAUACUGAACAGUGGGAUGAAGCACAUCAAUGAUUCAAAGCCCCAGGCCUGAGAUGGAGAUCUGGAAAUAUGAUCUUUUAGGGGAUCUGGAAAUUUGAUCUUUUAGGGGCUUAGGAAAAUAUAAGAGGUCAUCUAAGGUUUUGUGGAAUUCUAUAGAAUGUAGUCAAUUCAUGGCACUUUUAUUUGAAUUAUUAUUUUUAUUUUUAUUCCUUCAAA